AUGCUUGAAACAACCAUUCCGCAAUUUCAAGAUUUCACAAUAAAGAUAUACCUUUUCAAAGAUGUCAAGAACAGUAAAGAAAUACGGUCUAAUGUUGCUGAAUAUCCGUUUGCAUUUAUAAAUGGUAGAACAAUUUGUUCUCUUGAACAGAUAAUGGCAGCUUUGUACAGAGUUUUAAUUGAAAAACACUAUAACAAGAUUAGAACCAAAAGUCUAACAUCAGAAUGUUUACUAUGUCUUGCACCUACUUCAAAUAUUGGGGAAGUGUUUAAAAGAUUUGGGUUAAAGGACGAUACCAGGGAAAUAGUAUGUGUCGAAAUUAUCAAGGUAAACAAUAACACUACAGAUCAUAUUUCUAUUGAAUCAAUUGUUCAAGGGACAGAGAUAGAAGUAACUGAUGACCAUUUAAAACAAUUUUGUGAUAAAGAUUUGAUAAGAGAUAUUUAUAAGUUUGAUCCUUCUUUCCAACUUAGUUCAAUGGCGGAUCUAACAAGGGCAGUAGUUAAUAGUAUUCAAUUGAGAGGCCUGUAA